AAUCAUCAGCUACACAGAAUGUCAAAGCUCGACAAGCCUUAUGGAGGAUCAGUCGAGAGGAACUGGAAGACAGAUUCCUUCGUAUCCGUGAUGACUAUGUCCUGCUCAAGCAGCAUGCAAAUAAGCAAGAGGAGAAAAUUAAGAGAAUGACCACCAAGUUAAUACGGCUUGUUAAUGAUAAAAAGAAGGCUGAAAAGGCUGAUGGAGGGCCCAGGCGGUUGGGUCAGGCUGUGGAGCUGGAAGAAAUGAUCGAGCACUUGCAGGAGAGAGUUCAUGAACUUGAGAAACAGAACGAGAGCCUCCGCAACAAACUCAUUUCAACUAAACAGCAGCUCCAGAUCCAAGGCCACAGGCCUUGUCCGUACAGCUAUGUUCAGCCUCGUGUCAACACUGGCCUGAGGAAAGCGAGCGAGGCUGCUGCCGUGCUGGAGCACACAAAGAAAGGAAUGAGAUUUCAGAACUUAGAAGUGAGAUCAUCUGACCUUGUGCUCCCAAAAUAUGGGCAGGAUCUGGUCGAGGAUUCAAGGGCUGAAAUAAGAAAUUUGGAGGCUGUGAUUGAGUCCCAAAGGAAACACAUUGAGGAGCUAGAACAUGCCAGAGAGACUCUUGUGAGUCAACUAGGAAGGAAAGAAAAGGAGAUUGAAGAAUCCAUCCUACAGCUGAGAGAGCAGGACACAGCAAACCAAAGGCUAAACAUUCAGGACAACGUGGAAAUGAUCAAGGUCCGUAAGCAGCUGGCUGAGAAAAGCAAUGCCCUUUCAGCUUUGGAAGGAAAAUUUCUCCAGCUUCAAGAGAACCUAAAGAAUCUGAAGACCAACCAUGACGCUUUAUUAGUGAAAGGUGAUGAACUGCAUGGACAGCUUAAAGAGGAACAGCUUAAGUGCCUCCGUCUUCAAAAAGAACUGCAAUCAGUAACUAUUUCAAACAGAAGGACAGAAGAG